UACGCAUCAUGUGAAGAAGGACUUAGCACAAUCAUCUUCCCUGGGGGCAUGCUGUUCAGGAGGCUUUUGAGCGGGCCGUGGGGGGCGCGGCGCCCCCCGAUGGCUUCCUCCACCCUCAUGCUGCUUCUCUGCCUGUUCUGGCUGACAGGCGUUGGGGACAGCAUGGCCUUAGUGCCCGACCUGCUAACCAGCCCUUUCCAAGCCUAUCGCCUGGUGACCUACUGCCUGGGCCCUGCGGAUGCCGCCCUCCUGGUCUUGAAUCUGCUCUUCUUCCCGCCUCUGGCUUGGCGUCAGGAGCUGCAGCAGGGCACCCUCCGCUACCUCCACGCCUCGGUGAUUGGCGCUGUCGCCCCGGCCCUGCUGUACCUCCUCCUGGCAGGAUGGUGGGGCGCUCCGCCCGGCGCUGCUGUCGGCGGCUACACCCCAGUGCACCUGGCCUUGCUGGGCUGCCACCUGAGGCAGAAGGGGCCCUCGGGUAGGGUUUCCGCAGCUCUCUUGGCUGGGCUGCUGCUUGGGCUCAGCCAGGCCCUUUCGCCCCGUUCGCCUUUCCUGCUACAUGUGUGUGGGCUCCUGACUGGCCUGGCCUACUGGGCUGGGAUUUUCUCCCCGCUGGAGCUAUCGGAGAGGCGCCUGGAAAGGCUGCACAGCGGGAUCAUCCACAAGGCCCAGGCGAGGGGCUCUUUCCUCCCCUUCGUCAUGCCCCCAGCGGCGGCAAUCCUCCCAACCACUGACCCAGCAGCCGGAAGGGAAAGGGCUCCUCUUCCUCUGGAGUUCCAUGCCCCAGGCCUUUAUCCUGGCGGUUUUCCGACCCCACCUCCAAUUUCACCCUCUCCCUUUUACGGGAGUGGAGAAAGCCCAGGGCUGGAGCAGGCGCCCUGGCUGUCUCUUGCUUCUGGUUCCCUGCCCUCCUCCUCGACCCGCCACGGGGCUUCGGACAUUCCUUUCUUGGCCCCGCGAGAAUCCCUGACAGACGAAGAGCUGCUGCAAGCUGGGAUCCGGGCCUCUCUGCACGACCUGCCUGAGGAAGAAAUGAAGCUUUCCAAAUCUUCGGUUUCUUCUCUGCGGCUUCAGCAGCUCCAGAAAAUGGGCUUUCCGACCGAACGGGCCGUGGUGGCGCUGGCAGCCACGGGCCACGUAGAGGGCGCGGUCUCGUUGCUGAUCGGAGGCCACGUGGGAGAUGAAGUCGUGGUGACUGCAGAGGGCCGACUAGGCCAUCCCAAGUGACCUCCAUCAGGCCCCAAAUGAUGAAUGAACAGAAGGCAGCAAGCAGCGUGCUCUCAUGGCUGUACACAUGAUCUGGGCGGAAAACCAGGUGGGCCUAGAAAUGAACAGUGGCUCUUCAUGGCUUCGACUGGAGAAGAAAGGAACAGGAAGACGGGCGAGUGGUAAAAUUGAAUCCAAUGCUCCAGUUGUACAGGAGGCAGGACAGGAAGCUGGCCAGGGCAAUAGACCUCCAUGGAGGUCCAGGUGACUUGCGAAGUUCUCCAAAGGGUGUGCAGGUCCUUCUUCCGCACUGCCCCGGAGACCGAUUGGACAACGGAGUCUGAGCUGUGGAGGCAUUUGUGGGUCUGCCCCCUUCCUCGUCCUCAACCGCUUCCCCGAUUGCAGUCCCUUUUCCUGCACUCUAUAGGCGUGAAUGGAGCAGAAAUAUAUGUUUGCUUAUGUGCAACAGAGGAAAGGCUGCACAUCGUUGAGGAUUAAGAUAUGAUUUUAUGAAACAUUCAACACGAUGGAGACUGGGAUAUCAAAACUAAUGUUCACCCUGGGCAGUAAAAUAGUUAAGCAGACCUCGGGCCCCACCACCAGUUGGUUCCCCUCUGCCAUUGCGCUACUUUCUGAGCCGUGCAUGCGCUCACAUUAACAAAUUCAUCUGUGAGCAGCCUUUUAGGGUUACCUGUUUUGUCUUGUGAUUUCCUGGGCAUUUAGGCCAAGGCUUACCUAUGCAGGAGUCCGCAAUGAACUGCCCCGACAACUGCAGCGUGUUUAGUUCCCUGGUGGGGGAAUCAGCCAGCAAUUUUUGAACGAAAGGACUCUUGAAGGCAGACGUUAUUUGUGAAUAAAGCACCCCGGUAGGACUGUAGAGGAAGAACCCUACCAUUUGCUGGGCACUGGAUGAUUGACAGUAUUAUUUACAAAUUAAAAUCUGGCACGCGCA